CUAUAUAUUAAUCUCAUAAUUAUAUAUACUUUUAAGUCAUAUAUUAAUUGAUUUUUAAUUGUUUUGGAUAAUAAUCAGCGAUAAUAACGACCCGCUUAUAAGAGAUGCCGCUAUUAAACGAGAAAACCGUAUCCGAUAUACUACUGGCCCAACACCAGCACCAGCAGCUGCAGAAUCAGAUACCUGACCAGUCGGACCUGGAUGCCACGCAUAGUAUGCUUACCAAACCUACCGGUGCCGUGGAUGUUGAGAAAAAUGGCUCCAAGUUUGCUAUGGAAAUGCCUAAAUCCCUGGCCGAUAGACUAGCCGAUAAGAUACCGGCGUUUGGCUUGAUUAUGGCCCUGAUAUCUGUGGUGUGUUUCAGUAUUGGCUCCGUGAUUGUCAAGGUGUUGACCCAAAUGCACAGCAUACAGGUGCUGGUCAUUAGGUGCGUCAUACAAUUCGUAUUCUACACUAUAACGGCGCUCAUCUACCGGUACCCAUUAAUGGCACCCAAGGGGCACCGGGUGGACCUGGCCCUGCGCUGCGUGUCGGGCACCAUAUCCCUGAUCACAAUCUUCAUCGCCUACCGACUCAUGCCGUUAGCCGACGCCUCGACCAUACACUUCGCGUCCCCCGUAUUCGUCACAGUAUUCGCGUACUUCAUACUCAAG